AUGGAGCCGCUCGCGAAACGGCAGAGGAUCCUCGAUAUGUUGAGCAGGCGGAACUUCAGCGAGAGCGACGUCGUGGCGGCGCUCGCCGCGCUGGGAAGAGAUGAAGCGGCGUCUCGGCGAGAUGUGCGGGAGUGCGUGGAUACGUUCACUGCGGACGUUCUCGUUCAGCUUACGCUGCAAAAGCAGGGUGGCGACGCCUUUGACUGGACCAUCGCCAAGUAUCAACUUCUCCUCCCGAGGUGUCUUGCCCAGUGCGCGGGUUUCAGAGAGGAGUUCGAGAAUGCAGUGGCGAGGUCACCGAAUAGUUUCGACAGGCCGUGGCGCCUGGCGCUGUACAUAGAUGACGUGGUGCCUGGCGAUGUUUUGAGGUUGAACAACAAGCGAAAGACCACGUGCUGGUAUAUAGGCAUACUUGAGAUGGGACGCUAUCUGCGAUGCGAAGAGGCAUGGCUGCCCGUUGGCGUGCUGCGCGCCACCAUCGCUAAAGAUCUGCAGGGAGGCUUCCCAGCUGCGGCCAAGGCGCUCCUGCGUUCGCUCCUGCUCGGCUCCGACAGCGUCGCCGUGGCAGGCGUCAGCGUGCCGUGCGGUGGCCAAUCGCGGAUUAUGUAUUUCAAGUUUCAGCGGUUGAUCGGUGACGAAGUUGCGACGAAAGCGUUCUUCGACACGAAAGGCUUUGGCGGCAUUAGGUGUUGUUCCAUAUCGUGCAAGAACGUAGUGAAGCUGAACAAAGAUGGCGUGACUGAUUCGCUCGCCGAUCAUCAGACUGGCACGUACCUGGUCGACGUUUCGUGCUCUGACCCCUCGCAGUUCGACCCGAUGUCAGACGAGGACGUUUGGCGCACGCACGAUAUUCUGGAUGCCGUGCGCAGGAAUGGGGGUGCGUUGAAAAAGGCACAGACAACGAUGGGAUUUUCUUUGAACGAACACGGCGUUCUGGCCGACAAGGAUCUUCGCCCACACGUGUUUCCACAUUCCUGCCUGCUGCGCGAUUGCAUGCACGUGUACCUGGCAGGCGGCAUCGUGAAUAUCGAGAUUGGCUUGCUUUUUAAUGGUGUUGCUGAGUGUACUCCUGGUUUUUCCUUCCGUUUGCUGAAGACGUUCGCCGAGGCCGACUGGCAUUGGAACCCAGGAGGGCUGACCAGGAGCGAGUUCGCUGACAUAUUCAACGGGUCUCGGGAGAUGGCGUGGAAAUCAAGCGGUGUCUUUCGCGCGGGGGCAUCUGAACUCUUGUCUGCAUUCCCAUUCAUCAGAUACUUUGUUGUUGAACACGUUCCCGCGCACAAGGUGCAGUUGGAGCGCCAGAGCUACCUCCGUCUCUGUGACGUUCUGGACAGCAUCAACGAGGCAAAGCACUAUUCCACGCCCGUUGCUAUGAAAGAUAUCAUGCGGCGCGCAAAAAGCUCGGUCCAGCAGCUUCUCGUCAAGGUGUUCCCAGCGAUGGACAAAGUCAGGAUGACCGAAUUGUGCGAGCCCGUGGCGGUGAGCCAGCCGUUGUCCGACAAGUUUGGCCAGGUUUGCGUCGUGUCCAAACAGAUGAGGCGGCGGGGCUUGCUGCUCAGAGUUGGCAGCGUGGUUUUCAUUCAGAACGCGGCGGUCGAGGUUCAAGCGUGCUUGUCCGCUGGUGGCGUUCUAGCGCUUAUCGUGGGAAAGCUUGCGCUGGUGCGUCGCGAGCCGCUCGGUGGGUACUCUAUCUGGACUAGAACGGGACAGUCGGAGCUCCUGGUGCCCGAGGGCGCGCGCAAGGCGACUGGAUGGUUCCUCAAGAGCGACAACGCGCUGGUGGUGAUUCACUGA